AUGUCCCCAUAUGUACCGAUUGGAAGAGGUAGACAUAAUUUACAAGAAGAGACAAAUCUACAACAUUAUCAAAUUGGUUUGUUUAACAACGUCAUUGAUAUGCAAAUUGCAGCUCUUAAUGACCGGUUUGAUGAAUUGAACACCGAGUUACUUCUUUGUAUGUCGCAUUUAAAUCCAAGCCAGAAGUUUUCAUCAUACGAUAAAGGUGCGCUGAUUCGUCUUGCUAAACUAUAUCCAUCUGAUUUUUCUGAAAUAGAUCUUAUAAUUCUCAUAAUUCUCGAACGACAACUAGACACAUUUCUUGCUGAUGUACUUUCUAGUAAUGACUUUUCUGAAUUAGUUGGAAUUAGUGGGCUUGCUCAGAAAAUGGUUGACACAAAAAGAAAUCAAGUGUAUCCUCUUGUCUACUUGUUAAUUACUUUGUCACCGAUAUUGUCGGUUGCUACAACUACUGUUGAGAGAGUAUUUUCAGCCUUGGACAUAGUGAAGAAUCGUUUGCGAAACCGUAUGGGAAAUGAGUUGUUGAAUAAUUGUUCAUUAACAUACAUUGAACGAGAUGUUUUGCGCAGUAUUAGCAACGAAAGGAUUAUUAAAAGAUUUCGAGGUAUGGCAACACGUCGUGGGUAA